AUGACCAGACUCAUCAAGACGGAUACAAUGGAGGCAGCCAAGUCCAUGAUCAAGCAGUCGCUGGUGGCCUAUACAGAGCAGGUGUGGGCAAUCUUCAACAACCCCGAGCUCGCAUACAAAGAGGCCGGUGCACACGAUGCGAUUGUUGGCAUGCUCAGCACAGUCGAGGGUGUGCGCGUGACGCCACACGCAUACGGCCUCGAGACGUCGUUUGAGGCCGAGUACGGCGCGGGCGGCCGCGUGCUCGUGUUCAAUGCCGAGUACGACGCGCUGCCCGGCAUCGGCCACGCCUGCGGCCACAACCUGAUUGCGACGGUCGGCCUGAGCUCGUUCCUGGCCGUGGUCGACGCGCUGCGGGCCAGCGGGGCGCCAGGCCGCGUGCGGCUGCUGGGCACGCCGGCCGAGGAGUCGGGCGGCGGCAAGAUCAAGCUGAUUGAGGCGGGCGCGUACAAGGACGUGGGCGCGUGCUUGAUGAUGCAUCCGACGGCACGGGCAGCCUUCGGGCCCGCGUCGGUGUACGGAAACGCAUUCGACCGGACGCUGGCGAUUGCGCGCUUCGCGAUCGACUUCAAGGGCAAGCCGGCGCAUGCGGCGCUGGCGCCGUGGGAGGGCGUCAACGCGCUGGAUGCGGCCGUGGCGGGGUACACUGCCAUCUCGGUGCUGCGGCAGCAGAUCCGGCCCCAGGAACGGAUCCACGACAUCAUUACCAACGGCGGCAAGCAGUCCAACAUCAUUCCCGACGCGGCGCGGCUCGAGUACGGCGUGCGUGCGCCGACGCUGGCGGGCGCGCUGGCGCUGCAGAAGCGGGCAGUCAAGUGCUUUGCGGGCGCAGCCGAGUCGACGGGGUGCACGAUGGCGACGCAGGAUCUGGGGGGCUACGCCGACCUGCGCGCCAACAUGCCGAUCUGCAACGCGUUUGUCGAGGCCAUGGGCGCGCUGGGACGCGAGGUGCUGUGCGACACGGACCACACGACGCCGGCGUCGACGGACCAGGGCAACGUGUCAUACGAGUGCCCGAGCUGGCACGGCAUGUUCGGCAUUCCGUCCGAGGGCGGGGCGUUUCCCCAUACGGAAAACUUUGCCAGGGGCGCUGGACUGCGCAAGUCAUUUGACCGUGCGCUGGAGAACAGUGAGGGCAUGGCAGCAGUGGGCUACCGGUUCCUCGUCGACGACGAGCUGGCGGCGGAUGUCAAGGCUGCGUUUGAGGAGCAAAAGAGGCACGACUGA